AUGGGCAAGAAUACCCCACAGUCUUCACACAAAACUCCGACUGUCUCAAAAAGGUUUGAUAGUAUUUCUUUAUUCUUUAAAAAAAUGUGUUCAGCAAAUCGAAGAGCAAAGGAUCGGCGCAACGACCAGGGAAUUCAGUAACCACUAGCACGCCUACCAAAAAAAGUGCCAACAAAGUAAGUUAUUAGGUAUUUUAUUAGCUUAGUCGUAAACUUUUGUACAUUCAGAAUGCUCGACAUGCGGAGAUUAACGUCAGAUCCAACGGAGAACCGUCAGCGAAGAAAAAUCGAUUGAGCGAGAUAAAUUGUAGUGCGCGCGAGGCAAGCAGAAGACACACGACUAGUACGGAAGAAGAGGAGAAUCCGCGGAGAAGGAGAAAUCUGAAACAGUACGUACUAAGCUGACAGAAAUAUUUCUCACCAUUAAAAAGUGCAUACAUUUCCAGAGGAGAACCUUUGCCGCCACAAUGCUGUUUCUGCAAAGAGGAGCAAGUAAGCGGUAUGGAAUCUCUCAAACAAUGUCACGGAUGCCAAGACAGAUGUGAGUAUGAAUAGUAUAUGUGAGAACAGAAAAAACCAAAAAAAAUUUAGACCACAUCAGAAAGUGUCUUCGGUACAAAAAUGAGUUUGCGGAGAACAUACUGAACAACGACAAUUGGAUGUGCCCAAGGGUAAGCAGUCAGCAAAGUACUCAGUUUUCAUCAAUAAUUGUUUCAGUGUAUAACGUGCUCGUCUUGUGGCCAUUACAUCGACGAUCCGGCCAAUCUCGAGUGCACCGCCUGCUGCCGAGCAUGGCAUGGAAAGUGUGCGCAGAGAGGAUUCUGUCCUUCCGACGAAUUUGACGCUGACUGGUACUGUAACCAAUGCAGUCGUCUUAAAAACUUCCGAAUGGCGCCUACUCCCCCACCGCCGAAUGCGGUGCCGACCGCCACGAGACCGGCGAGAAGAAGCCGACCGAGGACGGAAAAAUUGGAAUUCGCCGAUUCUGUCGAUCCGAUUAUUGCAAUUCUCGAUCAGAGAGACUUUGCACAGGCCAUGCGCUAUUUCGAAGCGGGACUGAUCGAAGAAAAACCGGAACUAUCGUCUCAACCUAAUGAAGAACAAAAACCGCAGAAAAAGAAGAAGGACAAAAAGGCAAAGCCGUCGCUGUUAUCGGAAACGUCGGAAGACACGGAUACAGAUGGAGACGUGCCGUUCGUGACGAAUUUCGAUGCAGAUCUGUUAGUUGGAAUUGGUAUUGUUCAAACUCAGUAAAUUGCUUUUCAGAUACGCCAAAUCGUACAUGGAAGCAUAUCACGUCCAGCCGGGAACCAGUGUCCAGUCUAGAGAUCAGUGGCUGAGCUUCGGGACGGAAAAGAAGUGUAAAGCGAUUUACAAGUCCGCCUACAGAGAGCCGCUCUAUUCAGCCGAAAACCUUUACGCAUGCAAGUAUUGCCUGCACACAACACACCGGAGAGAGGACUUGGAACUGCACGUGGCUUACUGCGAAAUCAGAUAUCCGCCCGGAAAUGAGAUAUAUCGUUCUCUAGAUGAUAAUGUUUCGUUCUUCGAAGUCGAUGGAGCACAUCAAAAGAAAUACUGUCAGCAGCUGUGUCUUCUUUCCAAACUGUUCAUUUCUUCAAAGACGGUUUACGAGGAAGUGGAAACGUUCACGUUUUACGUUCUCUGCGAAAUCAUUCCGGAAGGAUUCGUCAUUGUUGGCUACUUCUCGAAAGAGAAGAAUCCAGCGAAGAACAACAAUCUCUCGUGUCUCCUGGUUCUGCCGAUGGCUCAGAAAAUGGGUUACGGACGACUUCUAAUAGACAUGAGCUACGAACUUUCUCGUCUCGAACGUCGAGUUGGCCAUCCGGAGCACCCGUUGUCCGAUCUCGGAAUUCUUGCGUAUCGAGGCUACUGGCGGUCCAGUCUGCUCUGUUAUCUCCGUUCGAAUCGCAAUUCGGAACGCAUCAGUCUGAAGGAAAUGUCGUUGGCUACGCGGAUCUCUCAAGUCGACAUUGUCAACCAAUUGAUGCUCGACAACCUGAUCGUUCUCAAGGGCGGCCUAUACUCAAUAAAGCUGGGAAAGCGAGCAUUCAAAUUCCCGCUCUCACAGUGUCGCCGUCGUGCCGUCGAUCGUUCUCACCUCAUAUGGGGCCCAGACGCGACUUCCGAACUCCUUGAUCCCAGUAAAAUUAACACUUACGUAUAAUAAUCAUAUUUGAUUGAUCUUUUGUACUUAAAUUUUCAAUGAAAGUUGUUCUAUGUAUUUUAACCGUGAUUAAGAGUCUCACCCAUCCAGUCAGGAAAUAUUGAAUGAAUAUUUUAUCAGUUUUAACACUUUUGUCCUUGUGAAAUAAAGUUUACAAACCUUUUUAAGUAUAUCUCUGUUUUCCAGUUUAGUGAAUUUCAAAAGUCAAUGCUGUUCAGAUGCCAUGUCGUCUCCGGAAAAUAACGGUUUAUGAGACUAAAAGUCGAUUUUACAUCAUCGGAUGCGAUAGCACCGGCUCCCGGUACAAUGUGCUCAAAAUCGACAGAAUAGACCCGAAAACACUGAUAACCGGGGAGCCGGAGUACGAUUACACUCGGGAGGAAAUACUCGAAUUGCUCGCGACGAUUUCCGAUGGCAGUUCUGGUGGGAUUUGACAGUUAUAGUGAAAAAGAAACGGAAAAGAAAGCAUUUCAGUUGUGUACAGAUCUUCGUCGAAAAAGGGAACAAAGAGCGGACUGGUGGAAAGAACGACGAAUGCAUUCGGAAUACUCGGAGUCGUCCGAUUCAUCGAGGGAUACUAUCUCAUUGUAAAUAUCAAUCUUCGGCUUCCUUUCUUAUUCAAUUCAUUUCCAGAUUAUAACUCGCGCCCACGCAGUCGCGACGCUCGGAUAUCAUCCGGUUUACAAAAUAGUCGAGGUGGCAAUGAUUCCGAUUGCGAUGGACGGAGUUUCGAGCAGUUCGGAGGAGCAGAAAUACGUUAAGCUGUUCCAGUCCGUCGAUUUAAGCACCGACUUCUACUUCUCGUAUUCGUACGAUUUGAGCCGCACUUUCCAGGAAAACGCGCUCAGAAGUGACUGGAAUAACAACGGACAACGGCGAUUGGAAGCCGAUGAUCGGUUAAUGAAACAUUCAACUCCAGAAAAAUUAAGUUUUUUUUCAGAUUUGUUUGGAACUCUUUCCUACUGGAACCCCUUCGGAACAACUUGAUAAGCGAGAGAUGGUUCGUCGAAAUAGUGCACGGAUACGUCCGUCAAGAGUACAUUUUCCUGCCCAUCGGACGCAUUUCGCUCACUUUAAUCGGCCGCCGAUCCACAAAAUACGCGGGCACUCGAUUCCUGAAGAGAGGAGCCAAUCCGAGCGGACACGUGGCAAACUAUGUGGAAACAGAGCAGAUUGUCUGGGAUAUGGCCACUUCGGGAAACGUCGCGCACGGCCGCUUCAGCAGUUUCGUGCAGAUGCGCGGCUCCGUUCCGAUGCGGUGGUCGCAGGAUCCGUCGACUCGUGGCGUCGUCGGAAAGCCGCUCAUUCUGAUUGACAACCACGAACCACACGCUCAGACGGCGGCCAGUCACUUCCGGGAUAUUCGGAACAAGUACGGCAAUCCGAUUGUAAUAAUGAAUUUGAUAAAACGAAACGAGAAAAGAAGGCACGAGGGAGUGCUCCACACUCAAUUUCUGAAGAACAUCGAGUACUUGAACCAAUUUUUGGACGAGGACGAGAAACUGUGUUACCUGUCGUUCGACGUGGCACGGUGCAACAAAGCCGCCAAUUCGAUGCCUUCGAUCAAUGUGCUCAAUGUGAUGGAGGACCUUUCGAUGAAGUCGAUUCUGAAGAACGGAUGGUUCCAGUCGUUCCCGAUCGGAGAAUCUCUCAAAUUCCGUCCGAGGGAAGGAUUCGCCACCUUGGAGGCGCGGUACUCGAAGGACGGGCGGUUCAUGGUUCAGCACGGCAUCUGCCGCACCAACUGUGUCGAUUGUCUCGAUCGGACAAAUGUGGCUCAGUUCGUGAUCGCCAAAGUGGCUCUCGGCUGCCAACUCUGCGCGAUGGGCAUUCUCAACGAGCCUAAUCUUACGCUGCAGAGCGAAGUGUGUCGUCUGCUGGAGGACAUGUUCGAUGAGCACGGGGACACGAUGGCACUGCAGUACGCGGGGAGUCAGCUGGUGCAUUCGAUCAAGACGUACAAGAAGACAGCCGCCUUCCAGGAGCGGAGGAGGGACGUGCUGCAGACGCUCUCUCGCUACUACAGUAACACGUUCAAUGAUUGGGACAAGCAGAUGGCCAUCAACCUAUUCUUGGGAGUGUUCCGCCCGAAAAUCACCAGUCUGAAGAAUCUGUGGGAUUUGACCAGCGACUACAAUCUUCAUUUCCCGUAUCCUCUCAAAAUGUACACGGAUUACUGUGCGUGGAUGUUGACGGAGAAAGAACUGGACGAAUUGGUUUUCUUGGAUUACGACGAGAAAGAGAAUUCGGAGGGAUACGUGGAAAUUCAACAGUUGGAAGGAGAUGGACGACGUGGAAGCGAAGGAAGCGAGUACAGAACUUUGCAGUUCUCCUCCGAAGAAGACUUCAGGGAUUACCACAAAACAUACGAGUUCACCUCAUUGGACGAUCGUAUCGGAAGACUUUCCAGCAUUGAAAACAGGGCGAUUCAGGUGGACGGAAUAAAUGAGGAACCGACAACUCAUGCACAAUUCCUCAAGUUGUGGAAGACUACGGUAAGGAAAUGUGGAAGAAUGAGGUGGUAAAUAUUCGAAUGUUACAGGAGACGAAAGAAAAAGAACCAAAAAAGACGGCGAAGAAAGAGAAAGAGGAGAAGGAAUCUGACGAUGAAGAUGACGACGAAGAGAACUCGACGCAGUGGUCGGACGUCGUAGAAGCGCAGAAGGAGUGGUACGAUCUCGUAAGCGCUCCGGGCAAUGUCACCGGAACCAAGUCGCCGUCGCCCCCGAAACGAGAUCCGACUCCGCCCCGCUCGAGAGCCCGCAAGUCGCUUCUGAGCACCGGUUUGCUCUUUGCGAAGGAUCUUUAUCACUUGGAUCAUCUGAAGACACAGCCUCAAGAACGGAAAUAUUACGAGAAGUACGCGAGAACCGCGUUCAAGUGUAAUGUGCGCGACUGGGAAAAGGUGAAACCGACACUGCUGAGCGAGUUCAAAAUCAAUCCGGAAUUGGAGCAGAGACGGCUCACAUUCUUCACUGCCGACGACUGCUUCAGAGUGAGAAAAAGAGCGAAAAACUCGGAAAACACAAUGGUUAUUUCAGACGGAAACUCCAGAAGUGAGUGGCAAUUCGGAGCGUUUCUACAUUCGGAGCGCCCGUCCGUUGACAACCGACUGCUCGAAUCGCGACUUUGAGUUCUUCUCGAAGUACAUGCCCGCUACAUAG